CCGAGCCCUGAUUGGCCAUGGGCGAAGGGACUGAUGGCCUGGUUGGCGCUGCCGAGAACUGUCAGGAGCUUCUUGGGACCGAGGACCGAAAUCCCGGCUCCAGGCCUCGGGGACUACGGACUGUGGGGAGGCUGGCCGGAGAGAGAGGGAAGGACGGGGCCUGGCCCCUGGGACUCCCUGUGCCUUGCUUGGAGCUGACGCCGACGGUCACCCAGGAGACAGUAUCACCAUUUUCCUGAUGCCAAACUGAGGCUCAGAGAGGUGAAGUAACUUCUUCAAGUCACAACACAACUGUUGUCCAGGAAUCAGGCAGUCUGGCUCUGCUAACCCAGUUUCACCCACUGCAUUAAUUUACCGCAUCCACUUGUUCACUCAGUUUCACCUGACAAAUACUAAUUUUGUCUCUCUGUGGAACAAGUUCUUUGCUGGGUGCAGGGAAUAAAGCAGAACACCGUUCAGUUCCUGCCUUCCCAACGCUUGUAAAUCUAGUGCAAGUUAUUCAUGGCCGGGCUGCAGGGUGUCCAUGAAUCCUGCUAAAAUCAUUUGCGAAAUGUUGUGAGCGUGGGUCUUUUCUUCUGGAAAGAGAGUCUGUGACUCUCAGGUUCUGAGUUGAUCUGUGAUCCAAACAGAGGUGUGAAGAAGUGUUGUUUUAGCAGAUCUGUGCCUAGUAUGCCUGAUACACAGCUUGAACUUCAAACAAACAGCAACAAAAUUCCUACUGGUUAGAAGAAUGAAGAACUUGUAAGAGCAUAAGUGCUGCAGUAGGGUCCGGAGCAGGGUGCUGUGGAAGAGCACACAGAAGGCCACCUGCCCAGGAAUGCCUCCUAGAGGCAGUGAAGGCAGCUGGGUGAAGGAUAGGGAAGCAGUUCAUUGGAACACUGUGGCGACCAGUCUGUCCAUGUAGUGUUGAGACAGAAACAACACAUGAACAGCUGCAGCUGUUGUACCACUUGUGCACAAGUGUAAAAGUCCAUGGUGCCAUGAAAUCCUGUAAUGGGGACAGGAGGCUUCAUGUAUUCAUGAAGGUUAGAAAAGUUUCCUUGAGAAAGUGACACUUAGGCCUAAAAGUUGGAGCAUUUUGGGCAUGGAAUCUGGCCCACAGUCUUCAAAGACCACAUGGUAGAAACCAGCAGAGCACCAGGGACUGACAGGAAGCAAAUGCAGCUGGUGCAGGAGAGGGAAAUGGGAAUUAGGGUGGUGGCAGAGCCCAAAGAGGCCUUGUAGGCCAUGGUAAGGCAUUUCUAUGUUUUAUUUUAUUUUGUCUUUAUCCUAAAAUGCCAAUGGCAAGUUUAUUGCAGGGAACUGACAACAUCACAUUUUGAGAAGAAGUUGGAAAGAAUCCCAAGUGGACGAACUGAAUAUCUGGAUGAGGACAAGAUCUGUGGGGAGAGACUGUAAGAUAGAAUGAGUCCAUUUAAGUCCCAGGACGGUGGAAACUAGCUAGUGGAUUGCAGCCAUGUUGUGGAAGCUGCUGCUGAGAUCCCAGUCCUGCAGGCUGUGUUCUUUCAGAAAGAUGCGAUCACCUCCAAAAUACAGACCUUUCUUAGCAUGCUUCACCUAUACAACUGAUAGACAGUCGAGCAAAGAAAAUACAGGAACAGUGGAAAAGCUCUAUAAAUGUUCAGUUGACAUUAGGAAAAUUCGUAGAUUAAAAGGAUGGGUACUUUUAGAGGAUGAAACCUAUGUUGAAGAAAUUGCGAAUAUUUUACAAGAACUAGGUGCUGAUGAGACUGCUGUAGCCAGUAUUUUGGAACGCUGCCCGGAAGCAAUUGUCUGUAGUCCAACCGCUGUUAACACCCAGAGAAAACUCUGGCAGUUGGUCUGCAAAAAUGAGGAAGAGUUAAUCAAGUUAAUAGAGCAGUUUCCAGAAUCUUUCUUUACUAUUAAAGACCAAGAGAACCAGAAGCUGAAUGUUCAGUUCUUUCAAGAGUUGGGACUAAAAAAUGUGGUCAUUAGCAGACUUUUGACGGCUGCACCUAAUGUUUUUCAUAAUCCUGUUGAGAAGAAUAAGCAAAUGGUAAGAAUUCUCCAAGAGAGUUAUCUAGAUGUAGGUGGCUCUGAGGCCAACAUGAAAGUUUGGCUACUAAAAUUGUUAAGCCAAAACCCAUUUAUUUUGUUAAAUUCUCCCACAGCUAUAAAGGAAACACUAGAAUUUCUCCAGGAGCAAGGUUUCACCAGCUUUGAAAUUCUCCAGCUUCUAUCCAAACUCAAAGGAUUUCUUUUUCAACUUUGCCCAAGAAGUAUACAGAAUAGUAUUUCCUUCUCUAAAAAUGCUUUUAAAUGCACAGAUCAUGACCUGAAGCAAUUAGUUUUGAAAUGUCCUGCCCUUUUAUAUUAUUCUGUUCCAGUUUUAGAAGAGAGAAUGCAAGGAUUAUUGAGAGAAGGAAUUUCCAUAGCUCAGAUAAGAGAGACGCCAAUGGUUCUUGAAUUAACACCACAGAUAGUACAGUACAGGAUAAGGAAACUGAAUUCCUUAGGCUACAGAAUAAAGGAUGGACAUCUAGCAAAUCUAAAUGGAUCAAAAAAAGAGUUUGAAGCUAAUUUUGGCAAAAUUCAGGCCAAAAAAGUAAGGCCAUUAUUUAACCCUGUGGCACCAUUAAAUGUUGAAGAAUGACA